GUCCCCGCUGUCCCCGCCCCGCAGAGCCGCCCCGCGCGGGGCGGGGCGCAGCCGGUGCGCUGGGUCCGGCGGCGGAGCCGGGAUCGGCGGGUGCGCGGAGCGGGGAGCGGAGCGGCGGGCGCUGCCGGAGCCCCCACGCCGGGCCGGGAGCAGAAUCUUCUCCUCUAUCCCUAGAGCAAGGGAAGAUGACAUCUGGGUUCCCCUGAACCAGCAGGGACCAGCAGAGCCAUGGAGCUGGAAUAUGAGCUGCCCAAUGCCACCGCAUUCUGGUUCUCCCCGGCUUCCCCCUUCGACAACUUCUCCGUGGAGGCGCCCACCAAUGCGUCACAGAACGCCACAGGCCACCACUUCGACCUGACCAGCAAUGCCAUCCUCACCUUCAUCUACUUCGUGGUCUGCAUCAUAGGGCUGUGUGGCAACACGCUGGUCAUAUAUGUCAUCCUUCGUUAUGCCAAGAUGAAGACCAUCACCAACAUCUACAUCCUCAACCUGGCCAUCGCAGAUGAGCUGUUCAUGCUCGGUCUGCCCUUCCUGGCCAUGCAGGUCGCCCUGGUACACUGGCCCUUUGGCAAAGCCAUCUGUAGAAUUGUCAUGACGGUGGAUGGGAUCAACCAGUUCACCAGUAUCUUCUGCUUGACGGUUAUGAGCGUUGAUCGGUACCUGGCCGUUGUCCAUCCCAUUAAAUCUGCCAAGUGGAGGCGGCCCAGGACAGCCAAAAUGAUCAAUGUGGCCGUUUGGGGUGUCUCCCUGUUGGUGAUCAUGCCCAUCAUGAUUUAUGCUGGGGUGCAGCAUAAUCACGGCAGGAGUAGCUGCACCAUCAUCUGGCCGGGAGAGUCGGGUGCCUGGUACACGGGCUUCAUCAUCUACGCCUUCAUCCUGGGCUUUCUGGUGCCUCUCACCAUUAUCUGCCUUUGCUACUUGUUCAUCAUUAUCAAAGUCAAGUCCUCGGGCAUCAGAGUGGGCUCCUCCAAGAGGAAAAAGUCUGAGAAGAAAGUCACCAGGAUGGUCUCCAUCGUGGUCGCUGUCUUCAUCUUCUGCUGGCUCCCUUUCUACAUCUUUAACGUCUCCUCAGUCUCCAUCCUGAUCGUGCCCACGCCUGUCCUCAAGGGCAUGUUCGACUUUGUGGUGGUCCUCAGUUACGCCAACAGCUGCGCCAACCCCAUCCUUUACGCCUUCUUGUCUGACAACUUCAAGAAGAGCUUUCAGAACGUGCUCUGCCUGGUGAAGGUCAGCGGCAUGGACGAGGCGGACCGGAGCGACAGCAAGCAGGACAAAUCCAGGCUCAACGAGACCACAGAAACCCAAAGGACCCUGCUCAAUGGUGACCUGCAGACGAGCAUCUGAGAGGACAGCGGGGUUGUCUGUCCUUCGCUCUCCUCUCCCCACUUGCGCCCAGGUGGCAGUGGCACGUACGGAGUCGGGGCAGAGGUGCCAGCUUAGGGGACGCGGGUGCGCAGAUGGAAGGGCGGAGGGUCCUCGGGUGGGCUCCCACUGAGCUGCUGGCAGGUUGUCUUUCACGUGCUGAGAAGGAUACGGAUCAGGAGGUGCUGCCUUGCCAGGAAAACAAAGACAACUUGUAGCAACGCAGCACAUUUCAACACCAAAGUGUCCCUGUGGGCCACAGCCAUCGCUGGGGCGGCCCCGCUGGCUUCCCCGGGGUUACCCUGGGGCUGGUUGGCUUGGGGUGCUCUGCCGCAGGACGGGUGCUGGCACGUGGACACACAGAGAACAGGGUGACCUCGGGAGGAGCCGAGGCCACGGUUGUGUGCCAACACGUGUCACCACGGACAUGCACCAUCUUAUAGCAAAGCCCCAGUGGGAGCUCCCGGAGAGCCCAAGCGUGCUCCCGCAGUCACCGUCCCUGCGGAGACAAGGAUAUUUGGGAUUGCAUUUUGCAAAUUACUCCAUCGCCUCCCCUGAAGGCGUCGUGCUGCUGUUUGACUGCACCGUUUGCACAGCCGCCCUGCCCAGGGGACACAGCAGGACCAGGUCGGGGGCGGCUGCCCCCCGGGAAGCAGCUCCCGUGGUCCCACCACGCUGCACCUGCCUCCUCCAGCCCUGCGGCUCCCGCUGCCGGGGAGCCCCUUCCCUUCCCUCCCCCCGCCCUGACGUCACCUGCCAGGGAGUUUGCUCCUUGGAUGGAGGAUUUUCCCCCUUUUUUGUCCCCGAUGGCCGCUGCCCCUCCUGCCGCCCUGUCCGCUCAUGAUCAAUCCUGGGCUGCACCUGCGGCUGUGACCGCGGCUCUGAGCAGCCACGGCACGAUCGCCGGUGUCAGUCCCUGCUGGGAGAUCCUUGGAAGCAUUUGAACUGCAGCAAAACACAGGGGAUUUGGAGCAGCCCAGCACCCUGCUGCCGAUGGCUCCUGCACCCGGCGAGAGGUGGACAUGUCCAGCUGUGGCUCUGAGGAUCACGGGGCUGCCACGGUGAGUGAGCAUCGACCGCUGGCACCGCCCUGUGCCGGCCAGGCAAGUCCCGCCGGUGAAGGGGUGAUGGAGAGCUUGGGCGACGGGAGGUGGGGGCUGAUGGAGACGUGGCCACAACCCAUGUCUGAGCCGAAGGGAAUGGGCAGAGAGGCCAACGCGGCUUCCAGCACCAAGCUGUGAGGAAGGACAGGGCAGCGUGUCCCCUCAUCCCUCCCCAGGGGAGCAGUUUCUGUGUCAUGCUCUGUUCACAGGCUCUGACUACAGAGCUGAGCCACAGGAGCACAGCGGUUUAGGUGGAGAAAACCACCCACGCUCACUCGCCCUCCCCUUCCCAUCCCACCCCGGCAGCCCCAUCACCGUGGAGCCUUCACCUGGCGCUCCCGAUGAGGCUGAGUGUCACCCACGAGGUGCCGCCUGCUUUGGGGUGCCGCCUUGCUCAGCUGUGUAUCCCCCUUGAUGCUCUGAGAGCACCAGCUCUUGGAGAAGUUUCCCCACGGCUCUGCCCAGGGAGUCCCACAUACCAGCUGUGCCACCCCCACCUGCCCCCCAAAACCAGCCCAGUGCCGGGCAUGACACCUGCCCCCCAGCACAGCCCUACAGGACACGGAGUCCCAACACAGGGCUCGGGGCUUUCUGCAGGGCAGAGCAGGGCGUUAUCAGCAUUUAUUUGCAUUUAACCUCUUACUGCUCCUCUGCAGAACACGGAGCCCCCUGUUGAGGCACACAGAGGGCUCAGCGCCUGUCCCCUCCUUGCCUGUCCCCUCGCUGCCUGUGCAGGCAGCUGCUCACCGAGCACAUCCCUGCCCCGGCUUUGUUAAGUAAAGCCGAAUCUGGGCUCUGAGACAGUGCAGGCUGCCCUGCUGAUGCUGCAGGAAUUAAAACACAAGCCGUGUGUCACACCACAGUGACAUAUUGUUUGGUGGUGGCCGGGCUGGGUGCAGCCAGAGCCCUCUGGUAGGAUAAGGCUUCAGUGUCACAUCAGCGGGGCUUUGGGUAUUUCAGAUGUGGUGGGUGGUGAAGCCGUUAUUUGUGUGGGAAGCAGGGGAGGGUGUGGGGAUGGGGCAUGGAGCCCCCUGCCCGGGGUGGGAGCUGAUGGUUGCACCCCUGCAGUGGGGCCAGACCCAGACCCACUGGUGUUCCGCUGCGCCCCAGUCCUGCCCGUGCCAGCCCUGUCACCAGUGCCCUGACCCGGGAUGGGGGAGAUGCCUGUUCCCAGCCACACACCACAGGAGCCCCCGUCCGGGAGCAUCUCCUCCCUGCGCUGAUUUAAUGUUGAAAAUACGGAGAGCCCAGCUUUCUCACCCUGGGAGGGUCCCAUGCCCAGCACCACAUUAGCCCAGCUCGCCCCUGUCCUGGAAGACCCCCCAGCAGUGACAUUUCUGGCAGCUCAGAGCUGUGCAAGGGGGCUGUGAUCUGAAAUACCCCAUUGCCCCACUUUGCACCCAGGGUCCCUCCUGGGCUGGAGAUAAUGGGGAGAGGAGAGAGGGGCGCAGGGGGCUGCCACCAACGUCCCAAAGGCCACCAAGGUGGGAUGUGGCAGGGCAGGGGCACAAGGAGGCUCUGGGCAUGCCAGGGCACCCAUGGCUGAUCUGCCGCAGCUCACCUGGGGGAACAGGCAGGAGAGCGAAACGUGCCAGGAGGAGCCGCAGCCACUGCCCGGCAUUCACGGUAAAACCAGCGAGAUAAAACCUUCUGCUGGUUCAUUGCCAUCUAAUAAACAGCAGCACCAUUGCUGCUGCUGCUGCGAGUAACAAAGUUUUCCUUCCCAGCCACUUGAUUUUAGUGGGAACUUGACCUCAUAUUGGAUCUGUUCUGAAAAGCCUCGCAGGGCUGCUGGCGGCAUAAUGAGAAAUCUCUCCUGGUUAUUGCAGAGCGAAUAGGCUGAUCCUGCGAGUGCUGGAGCAGCUCGGCUGCCGCUUCACACGCACACUGUCCCCAGGCAGGCGAGAUUAAUUACAGCUCCCGCCCGCCCGGCUGGAGCAGCAGGAACAGAUUUAUCACAAAUGGGAGGCGAUGGGGAGACCCGCGUGUCCCACAGAGCUCCCCGGUACGGACGUGGAGCAGGGCUGGGGCUGGCGGCUUUGCUGCGGGGCUGCGUGUGCAACGGUGCUGUCCCCAAUGCUGGGGCUGUUCCUGGGGGUGUUCGCAGCCCUUGCAAGAGUCUGCCAGCCCCUGUGCAGAGGCAUCCUCGCUGUCCCCGCAUCCCCAGCCCUUGGGCACAGAGCCUGGAGCUGUGCCUGGGCUGAGCAUCACUCUGACAGCGCCCACCUCUCACACUGCUGCCAGCCAGCAGUGCUCCAUAGCCAAAUGGGCAGGGAGAGGCUGGGUUUGGACCUGGAGCCUUCCUGUUGCAUCUCUACAGCUCCUCAUACCAGCACCAAAGCUGCCUUGGACUUCUUUAAAAUGGUCACUCCUAAUGAACCCCACCGCCUGGUCUCUGGGGGGCUCCCUGACUCUCCAUCCCAACAGCAAGAGCCCUGUCUUUGAUGGAGGCUCCCGGAGCAGCCCCUUCCCUGCCGGACCCACACGAACGCCGGCAGUUGUGCAGCCGGCGAUCUCCAGCAGCUCCCACCGCAUGCAGGACCUCUGCUGCUGCUUCCGGGCACGGCUCGAGUCUCACAUCUCCGGGGGAUGUUUCAGCCCUUGCUGUGAACGAGCCGAUUUCAAACUGCUCGGGAAGAGCAUCUGUCCCCUCUGCCAGGGCUGCACCGCUGGCACACCCUGCCCGGCGCUGCUCCAAGGGGGGAUCGCCAGCAAGGCACAAGCAAAGUGCACUGACCCCGACACAGCCUUCCCGUUACUACAUCUGAACAACACCUGCUGCUUCCCAAACAAGGACAUCUCUGCUUUUCCCCGCCAGGCUUGGACCCCCAGCCUUGGGUCUCCGGCGGAUUUCAGCCCUCUCCCUGCUCACAGCAGGACCCGGACUGCAGAAACUUGGGACAGGGGACAGAGAAUGGGGGGAACCCGCCUGGAGCCGUGUCCUGACCAGAAGGGGGUGAGGGAUGCAAACCUGGGCACUGCAGCCAUCCCGCCCCACACUGCACGGCCAGGACGGGAGGGGGGCAUUGUACAUAUGUGUAUAUACUGGACACGCCAGCAAAGGGGCUCAUUAUCCUGGCGCUGCUCUGCAGCCUGUGUUUUGCCCCUUCUCUGCCAGCAGCUGCGAGUCGGUCCCAGCCCCUCGGGGGUCCCUGGCCUCCCCGUCACCAUCCCCAUGUGCCGUGGGGCUGGUGGCACCGGGCACGAGCCAGAAGGCACCGCGGAGGCUGCUCCCACAUUGACAUUCUGCAGGGCGAGGGAAUGAGCUUUAGUCUCUACUAAAGGCAAGAGCCGUUCCCUGCCAAGCCGGGGCUGUAGCGACCCGGGGGUUGUCCCCCCGGCAGCACCGCACCACGCUGCCCUGUACAUACACCCUCUGUAUCUAUAGCUGUGCCCUGUGUAGUGUGCAUGGCUCUGCUGUACAUGUUCUGAUGGGAACACGUUUCUCUGCUGUAAGUCUUGCUUUCCUCCGUAGCGGUUGUUUCUCGGUGUUGAGCUGAGCCUUCCCGUGGUGAAGGAUCCCGACUGCCCCGUCUGUGCUGCGGGAAGGGGGUGUGGAUGGGGGUGGGAAGGAAGUAAAAGAGUUUUCCUACAA